AUGUCUGCCCCGGUUGCCGGCCCCUCCUCGCCGCCUGGUCCGCGGAUCAACCCGAAGACCGCGGCUGUCCCAAAACAGACCCCAGCCGCAGAAGGGGCGGAUUCGGACUCGGAGGACGAAUUCAUGCCCAGCCUUCCCCCCGCGCUCAGCGCGAGCAAGCCCAAAGCGCCCAUCGGACCCACACUCCCGCCCGGCUUCGUGAUCCCAGACGACCACACUAAUCGCUCCGUGGAAGCCGCCGCCGCCGCCGCCGCCGACGACGACGAUGAUGAUGUUGCGGGCCCAGCGCCGCUCCCCGCCCAUCUUGCGGCGGCGGUCGGGGCGCAGAACGAGGGCGUCCUGGCGCUCAAGGAGCGCGAGGAACGGCAGAAAGAAUUGGACCGGAUCGAGCAGGAAAGUAAACUGCUUAAACGGGAAGAGUGGAUGUUGCUGCCCCCCAAGGAGCUGGACCUCCAAGCCACGAUCGAUCCGACGAAGAUCAAAGCGCGAGGGUUCAAGCAGACCACGAAGCCGCAUUCGAGCUCGACGGACCGCCAGACCAGCGCCGGCUCGUUGUGGACCGAGACGCCGGCGGAGCGGAGCCAGCGACUCGCUGACGAGGCGAUCGGGAAGCGCCGAAGAGCAGAAGAGAACGUGCAUGAUGAGGGAGACGAUUUGGAGGCUUCUAAGCGGAAGAAACGCGAUAAGCUGAUGCGUCAACAGGUCGAGGAACACAAUAAAUCUGCCCGAAACGCCUCUUUACUCGACCUGCACAAGACAGCCAGUGUGAAUGUGUCGAAUUCAAAGACGAAGACGGAGAAGGAGAGCGAGCGGAAGCAGGCGGCUGUGUGGGACCACGACGCAAUGAUGGGAGUCAAUUCGAAGCUGUUGUCCGCAACCCAGAAGGCCGACUUGAUCAAGGAUGCGAAGGGAUUGGGCGGCCGGUUCGGCGGCGGUAGCUUUCUCUGA